GCCGCCUGGGCCGCUCGACUUCCGGGUCAAAGGGUCCCGAGCCUCGGAGUACCCCGUGCUCGCCUCCUCCGCUGUCCCCCGCGCCCGCCACUUCCGGGGCCGCAGUCCCGGGCAUGGAGCCGCGAGUCUGAGGCGCUCCGGCCCCGGGACGACCCGGCCCGCCCGGCCGCCGCCCGCGCCGGCCCGAGCCCUGGUCUUGUGUCCCGCACCCCCAGCUGGAAUGGAGGCUCUCUGGACCCUUUAGAAGGCUCCCCACCUUCCUGACCAGCCAGGUGGUUAAUGCGGACGGUUAAGAAGCUUCGCCUGGACAACAACUCAAACACAGGAAGUUGGAGGAGCUUCUCGCUGAAUUCUGAGAGGGCGGAGAGGAUGGCCACCGGGGUGCCGAUGUCCGGCACAGGCGACACGGUCGAGAUGGAGGACCCGGCAACCCACUUCCAGGUGCAGAAGCACUCGUGGGAAGGGCUCCGGAACAUCAUCCACGGCAGCCGCAAGAACUCGGGCCUGAUCGUCAACAAGGCUCCCCAUGACUUCCAGUUUGUGCAGAAGACAGACGAGUCCAGCCCCCACUCCCACCGCCUCUACUACCUAGGGAUGCCUUAUGGCAGCCGAGAGAACUCCCUCCUCUACUCCGAGGUCCCCAGGAAGGUCCGGAAGGAGGCUCUGCUGCUCCUGUCUUGGAAGCAGAUGCUGGACCAUUUCCAGGCCACGCCCCACCACGGGGUCUACUCUCGCGAGGAGGAGCUGCUGCGGGAGCGGAAGCGCCUGGGCGUCUUCGGCAUCACCUCCUACGACUUCCACAGCGAGAGCGGCCUCUUCCUCUUCCAGGCCAGCAACAGCCUCUUCCACUGUCGGGACGGGGGCAAGAAUGGCUUCAUGGUGUCCCCCAUGAAGCCAUUGGAAAUCAAGACCCAGUGUUCUGGGCCUCGGAUGGACCCCAAGAUCUGCCCUGCCGACCCCGCCUUCUUUUCCUUCAUCAACAACAGUGACCUGUGGGUGGCCAACAUUGAGACAGGCGAAGAGCAGCGGCUGACUUUCUGCCACAGGGGCUUGUCCAACGUUCUCGAGGACCCCAAGUCUGCAGGCGUGGCCACCUUUGUCAUCCAGGAAGAAUUCGACCGCUUCACCGGCUACUGGUGGUGUCCCACAGCCUCCUGGGAAGCUGUGGCACAGCAGUCCCUCCCGUGCACGGGAUGGGUGGCCUCCUGGCACCCUCAGUGGUGUCCCUGCCUCCUCCCAGGUUCAGAAGGCCACAAGACACUGCGAAUCCUGUACGAGGAGGUCGACGAGUCCGAGGUGGAGGUCAUUCACGUGCCCUCUCCUGCACUAGAAGAAAGGAAGACAGACUCGUACCGAUACCCCCGGACAGGUAGCAAGAAUCCAAAGAUCGCCUUGAAGCUGGCCGAGUUUCAGACUGACAGUCAAGGCAAGAUCGUCUCGACCCAAGAGAAGGAGCUGGUGCAGCCCUUCAGCAUGCUCUUCCCCAGGGCGGAAUACAUCGCCCGGGCUGGGUGGACCCAAGACGGCAAAUACGCCUGGGCCAUGCUCCUGGAUCGGCCCCAGCAGCAGCUCCAGCUCGUCCUCCUGCCGCCAGCCCUGUUCAUCCCCACCACCGAGAGUGAGGAGCAGCGGGAGGCCUUCGCCAGAGCUGUGCCCAGUAACGUCCAGCCGUACGUGGUGUACGAGGAGGUCACCAACGUGUGGAUCAACGUUCAUGACAUCUUCUACCCCUUCCCCCAAUCAGAGGGGGAGGACGAGCUCUGCUUCAUCCGCGCCAACGAAAGCAAGACCGGCUUCUGCCACUUGUACAAGGUCACCACCGUGCUGCAGCCCCGUGGGUACGACUGGAGCGAGCCCUUCAGCCCCGGGGAAGAUGAAUUUAAGUGCCCUGUCAAGGAGGAGAUCGCGCUGACCAGCGGUGAAUGGGAGGUUUUGGCCAGGCAUGGCUCUAAGAUCUGGGUCAACGAGGAGACGAAGCUGGUGUACUUCCAGGGCACGAAGGACACGCCCCUGGAGCACCACCUCUACGUGGUCAGCUACGAGUCGGCCGGGGAGAUUGUGCGCCUCACCACGCCCGGCUUCUCCCACAGCUGCUCCAUGAGCCAGAAUUUCGACAUGUUCAUCAGCCACUACAGCAGCGUGAGCACACCACCCUGCGUGCAUGUCUACAAGCUGACCGGCCCCGACGAUGACCCUCUACACAAGCAGCCUCAGUUCUGGGCCAGCAUGAUGGAGGCAGCCAGCUGCCCCCCCGAUUAUGUGCCCCCGGAAAUCUUUGACUUCCACACGCGGUCCGAUGUGCGGCUCUACGGCAUGAUCUACAAGCCGCACGCUGUGCAGCCCGGAAAGAAGCACCCCACUGUCCUCUUCGUGUACGGAGGCCCCCAGGUGCAGCUGGUCAAUAACUCCUUCAAGGGAAUCAAGUAUCUGCGGCUCAACACGCUGGCGUCCCUGGGCUACGCCGUGGUUGUGAUCGAUGGCAGGGGCUCCUGUCAGCGAGGUCUUCGGUUUGAAGGGGCCCUGAAAAACCGAAUGGGCCAGGUGGAGAUUGAGGACCAGGUGGAGGGCCUGCAGUUCGUGGCCCAGAAGUAUGGCUUCAUCGACCUGAGCCGGGUGGCCAUCCACGGCUGGUCCUACGGAGGCUUCCUCUCGCUCAUGGGGCUGAUCCACAAGCCUCAAGUGUUCAAGGUGGCCAUCGCAGGUGCCCCGGUCACGGUCUGGAUGGCCUAUGACACAGGGUACACGGAACGUUAUAUGGACGUCCCGGAGAACAACCAGCUUGGCUAUGAGGCAGGCUCCGUGGCCCUGCACGUGGAGAAGCUGCCCAACGAGCCCAACCGCCUGCUCAUCCUGCACGGCUUCCUGGAUGAGAACGUGCACUUUUUCCACACGAACUUUCUCGUCUCCCAGCUGAUUCGAGCCGGAAAACCUUACCAGCUCCAGAUCUACCCCAACGAGAGACACAGCAUCCGCUGCCCUGAGUCCGGCGAGCACUAUGAAGUCACGCUGCUGCACUUUCUACAAGAAUACCUCUGAGGGCCGUGGCCCUCGGCUGCACACCUAGAGCACAAGUGGUUUCUCCGCCGCUGCCACCACCACUACCACCACCACCACCACCACCAGUGAGACCAGGCGGGAGGACCUGCAGUGCCCUCACCACAGCCCCUGCUGGACCGCCCAGGCCCAAGAGCCACCGCCUUGAUGUCCCGACGUCUUUUAUCAUUUUUAAAAAUGCUCCUGGGUUCCUUGCCUGUUGCUUCUUGGUUGCCAAGAUGGAGAGAUGUGGCUGACACCCACAGGGCACUUCCUGAAGCCAUCCCCUCUCCCCGUUGUCUGGGAGCAGGACGCCUGAACUCCGCUGGGCACCGGAGCCGGUGGGUCUGCUCCUGGGCCCUGGCCCACACUGCACCCAGCCCGGAAGCAUGCGAUCGGUUGCCUUUUCUCCUAACCAGCCCCAUUUCCUACUUGUGUUUUGUUUUUGGGGACAGCUUUCAUAAUUAUUUAAAAGACAGAAAGCAAGGGGUGCUGAAAUCUAGAAUUGGGGUCUGCCGCUGAGUAACGGGGUUCAGCCCAGCCAGCACCCAGUGAGCCCCGCCUCUUUCAGAGCCCAGAGUUGGGAGUGGUGGCCAGCAGGUGUGAGCACUGCACCCGGUGCAGGCAGCCUCCUGGGCCCGCCUUUCCCCAGCUCCUGGUCAGGCUCUGAACUUGGUCAGCUUCGGUCUCUGCUGGCCAGCGGCUGCUGCCCACCCCGUCCCUCCAGCCACGUGUCUGCCUGGCCCACACAGACCAGAUUCUGGGUUGGGAGGGGAACCAUCCCCACCUCAGGGUUAUUUACUCCUUCCUUUCCCUCCCUGCCAAGAGUUCUGCCAGGGGCGGGCAAAAAAAAAGAACCCCAGAAACAAACCACCUCUACAUAUUAAGGAAAGAAAAUAUUUUUGUCAAUUCUUAUUCUUUUAUAAUUAUGCGUGUAAGAAGUAGGCUCAUUAAACGAUUCCAGACGGAA